AUGGUGUCCUACAAAACUAUGCUUUGGAAGCAUUUGCUCGGCGGCCAAAGACAGGACGAUGGAGCUGUCUCGGGCAUCCGAGUAUCGGCGAUGAGGCUCAAGACCGGAGCUUUAAAGAGGAGAGGAGUGAGCAUGUACCAAGAGUUCCAAAUUCCAAAGGGAGUGGUGACACAUCCCUAUGUGGAGAGGCUUGCUCUUCUAUACCACAACUUGGCUAAUUGGUCCUUGGCAUAUUACCGCUACACCUAUCUGGCCCUGGUGAUCGGUCUCCUUGCUUACGACGCCUCGCAGUUGAAGACGCAUCUCGACAUACGUGCAUCCGGCAAACCCAUAUCCAUCAAUUUCUCAAAGCUGCUGCUGGCUCCCAGAGCCGUGCACGCGCAUCCAAAAUGUGUGUUCAUUGAUGUCAACGGGUCGGUCUACCUCAGUGACAUGAUGUGGGUAUUGCGCGAAGAUGGUACUAGUACUAGUUCGACUCGUUUGAAGUGGUGGAUGAUUGUUGGUGGGGUGGUGUUGGAGGUGUUGGCAUUGGGAGGAGUUGCGGUUGUGGCGAGGAGAAAGUACGAGCAAAGGACGAGUAAGAAGAUGGUUGCGGAACUGAGUGAAGCUUUAUAUGAGUAG